UGGCACUUUCUGACGAAGGGACUGUCUUGGUGACAAAAGAGAAGUAGUGUGUUGGACACAUUUACGCACACACAGACAGCCCAAGCCUCGGUUGGCUACAGGAGAUAUAAGGACAGAGUGCAGAGCCCUGAGUGCAAACUGUGACAUGCAGAGACAAGAGACGGAGCCAGAGAGUAGGAAUUACAGGAUGUGAAGGACAGAGCCCUGUGCAUUUAUUGUGCUGCCUGUAACGCCAUACAGAAAACAAUCGGUCACUUGAGAAAAUAAAUCAGUGGAAAGAAGGCAGCAUUGGAAGUUUAAAACAUUUAGUGGCACACAGUUGCUGCAGGUGAAGGUUAUUAUAUAUUAGCCAAGUCAGCACCACCCAUGAAAUUGCCUGAAUCAGCGAGGCACACGUACAGUGCAGUGUAGACCCUCUACAGUUCCAACAACUUCUCCCUGCUGCAUCCGUAGAAAAUAGCAGAGUCCUGGUACUUCAUUUGCCUUCCAUAGAACUGGUUUGCAUUCGGAAGACGUUUUCUCAGUGAGUCAGUUAAGGGCAUACCUGAGACAAUAAACAUGAAUGAGAUGGAUGAGAAUGAGGAGAUCCUACAGAAGAUGAUCCAAUUUACAUCAAAAUCCCUGCGGCACAUAUCAAUGAAGGAACAUUACCGAGUUAUCAUGGAGCUGGGCAGUGGUUCUUAUGGACAUGUUUUACAAGUUGAGCAUAAAGCACAAGAUAAAGCCAUAGCCCUAAAGCUAAUGAGGAAGAAGUCAACAAAGAAAGAAAUAUUUCUAAUGGAGUAUUGUGUGUCGCUGUGCCUGUCAUCACACCCCAACAUUAUUGGAACCCUUAGAGUGGCCUUUGAAACCAACAAAUAUUAUGCCUUCGCACAGGAGCUAGCAACAGCUGGAGAUCUAUAUUCCAUUCUAGAACCUGGAGUUGGACUGCCUGAGACCAUGGUGAAACGCUGCGCGAUGCAGUUGGCUGAAGCUCUGGAUUUUAUGCACAGCAAAGCUUUGGUUCAUCGAGAUGUUAAAUUAGACAACAUACUGAUUUUUGACAAAGAUUGCCAUUUAAUAAAAUUGGCAGACUUUGGUCUUACAAGACUUGAGGGGUUUCUUCUCUCUCCCAUGUCAGGAACCCUUCCCUACUCUGCCCCAGAACUUUGUAGUUUAGAAGAAUCUGAGACACUUGAGCUUGACUCCAGUUUAGAUGUGUGGGCCUUUGGUGUUCUAAUAUUCUGCAUUUCAUCUGGCUGUUUCCCAUGGGAUACAGCAUUAUGUAAAGACAAGCAAUAUGAAGACUUUGCCCUGUGGCAAAGCAACCAAGAUUACCUGGAUAUCCCCUCUCCUUGGAAACAAUUUACACACCAGGCUUUGGAUAUGUUCCAGAAACUGCUGACGGUCAAUCCAGACAAAAGGAGACCAGCCGUCGAGGUACAGAAAUAUCUGAAGGUGCCAUGGAAAAUCGGCAGCAUUAAAGAUAACAGUAACAUGCUGGACAACUCAAAAUACUUGGAAGAGAGUGUUGACAACAUAAACUUUUUGCAGGUCAAUGCUGGUAAUGAAAGCACAUCCACUAAAACCUCUUCAAUGAUAUCAGAAGACUCUUCUCCAAUAAACCCUUCAGCACAAGGAGGAACAUGGGAUGAUCAAAGACCAAGUCUAGAUGAAUGAACAGAGGAAGUGGAUAUCAUCUUUUCAACACACAAUGAACAUGUUAGAGUAAUAAAGGGAGGUGAAAUAUUCAGCCCUUUAGGUUUUGCUAAACAGGUAUGAGAUCCUUUAUCCAGAAAUGCGUUAUCCAGAAAGCUCCGUAGACGCCAUUUUAUCCAA